CGAAAAGGGGUUUUCCGUCAUGUCAGUCGAUGGCUACAGUUUACAAUAUUUACCUUGUCAUCUUAUUGUUUUUGACUUAUAUAGCAGGGUCUGACUGUGUAAGCAUCAGUGACUACAUAUAUAGUUGUUUUGGUUUGUCUAAAACUGAAGAACAUGCUUCAGAACAGAACAGAGGUGCUCCCUCAUGGAUGAAUUGGAUUUUAGUGACCAUUGGGUACCACGACGAAAGAAGUCCAAAGGAGUCUGACACAUCUUCUGAUCGACACUACUGGUCUGACUGUUUCUGGACCAUAUAUAGUGCUGUGAUCAACAGCAUAACUUUAUUGCUCAAUUUCCUCUUUAUACCUGUAGCAUAUGUCAUCACAGCUUUUCGUUCCAUUUUGGCAUCAUUAUACUACACUGUAAUACAAGCAGGUAAUCUGCUAUUCAUUGUGCUUUUACUGAUAGUGCUAGGCGCGACAGGCUUUCUCAUUUAUUUCAAAUGGAAAAGCUCCAGUAGACAAUACACUAGCGUUACAAGUCGACUUCAAGUGUCUAAACAACGGACUCGCACCUACCAGUCCACUCUGCAUCAUCACUAUGGCUGGUUUGUGAAGGCUGCUGCAUGGAUCAUAAUUGCUGCUGCACUGCUUAGUAUUCCAUGGGAAUUCAUUCGCCUGUACCAGAAAGAACAAGCCAAAAGAGCUGCAUUGGUGUAUGCUGGACUCCCUCCAGACUGUGAUCCCUACAAGCUGACAGUAUGGCAAACCAUAAAGACCAGCUUUCUGUGGCACUUUUCUUGGACAGACCAUAACCACUGUGAAAAGUAUUACCAUGCAGUACUUGUGGACCCCUUAUGGGAGGUUACCCCAAUGGUGGUGCUGUCUUCUGCUCUGGCCAGGUGUGUUCUCCAUCCAUUGGAAAUGAUUAGUAAUUCCUUGGGACGGAGUGUUAAGCUGUUUUUCUCUCAGAUUCCAAGCCAGUGGCAACCUAUUUUUAUUGUGGUCAUAUUGCUCAGUUUCCUGACAAUUUUACUAAUGACAUGUAGGUAUAGAAUAAAAAUGCCAAUGUUCUUACUGAUUGAGCCACGCACACCGACAGGUAAUUCUGUUCAGUGCAGACGCAAGUAUAUAAAAAAAGUACCAUCAUACAACCAGGUGACGGAAGAGGAAAAUGACCACCUUAUAGCAGAAAAACCAAAACAAAGGAACAGAAAACAAAGAGUAGAAAAAAUGUGACUUUUACGUCUAGGUAGUCGUUUUUCUUUUAAUGUUACAUGUUUUGGGAGAAUUGAAGACAGCAGUUCUCAUGUUACAUACCUGAUAUUUCUCAUACUAAAUGCAAUGUCUAAAUGGUGAGAGCACCUGCCUCUCCAUGCUUCAUCCCAGGUGACAUGAUGCUACAGUCACACAAGACCUAAACUAUGUCUCAGUGAUCCAAAAUACCAAAGUUUGCAGAACCUAAACCUUGUUUAGAGUUCAAGUAAUGAUACAUUUUCUUGCUGAAUAAUGGUCAGAACAUCUCUCUAGUCAGCUUGAGUCUCAGGGCUUCAGUUGCCUAGGCACUUCCUGGACCUUCGGCUCAUGGACUGCGAUAGUUGACGCCCUCUAAAAACAUUUCUGGCAACACCGAAGAGACUAUUUUGAAACCAACAAUAAACAAGAGAUGAUCUCCCCAACACUCAUUGAAGCCAAUUUUUGAAGUGUGAGAUUUAGGUGUAGAAGGUUGUUAUUUCUGUGAAGGUGUGAAGGAACCGUAUGACCUCAGUUUCCUCC